AUGGCGCAGAGCAGGCAACAGCGGGAGUCCAGCCAGAAGGUUUUCACCAGGUGAUGCUGUCGAAACCUGACUGAAUGGAUCGUUACUUAGGACUUAGCUGGAAAAGGCUUUUGCACUUAUCUUUAUCUUUAAUCCUAAUUUAUCAAGUGCAGCUAUCGAGCAAUGAGGUGGAAGUGGACCAUUUGAACUCAGAUGAAUUUAAUAAACACAGCAGCAGGAUAAAGCAGCAGAAAUGGGACACCGCUUCCCAGGGAGGGCAGGAACCCCAAUCAACAUCUGUUCCAUCAGUCCGCAACACAUCUGCCUUCAGGCAAACUCCAGUCAGCCGGACGGCCACAUCCAAUGUGACCUCCAAUGACUUGCCGCACACAAGCUCCAGCUCUCAAAGGAGACUGAACUCUAACUUCACCGCAUCUUCAACAAUUCAUGUUACGAUACCAUCAAGAACAGAUUCAUCCAACCAACAGCAAGCUACCAUGGCAUCGCUCAGCCAGUCAGCAGACACAACAACUCCACCCACCAAAGAGACACCUACACAAUCCGCCACUGUUACGUCUAAGCACAGUCUUACGCAUACAGUACUCACCAGCCCAUCAGGCAGCGCUCCAGCACCAUCACACACAGCAUUAUCUAGCUCAUCGACUCCAGGAGUGACCACACCACAAACAAGCCAGUCACCAACAAGGCCAGUCAAACAACCAGUACUGACCAACACCAACCAAUCAAUGCCGAAUCCAUCACCUCCCGGGGAAACCUCGAUGAGCUUGGUAAAACCAUCAAGCUGGUUAUCAGCUAAUGCAACAGAAAACCCUGCCAGCGGAGUCUUUUCGCAAGACCAUCGUCCAGUUCAGGAUUCAGUAUUCACCAGACAGGCAAAAGAAGUCCUGAGGUCAAGGUUGCAUAGGAUGUCAGAGUCAUGUGACUUUCCCUGUCUGAACGGUGGUUGGUGCACUCGGACAGAUUCAUGUGACUGCAGCUUGUUUCAGGCUUCGGGACACAGGUGUCAGACAGUUCCAAAUCCUGGUUUUGAGAGGGAGAUGACAUGCAGGACCUGGGGUCAGUACAACUUUGAGACCUUUGAUGGCCUCUACUACUACUUCCCUGGUCGAUGCACGUACACACUGCUCAAAGACUGUGAGGAAACCACCCAGGCCAGCGUCGUUGUCCAGGUGCACAAUGACCCUGACUGUGGUUCUGAGCCGUAUCGCUGCCAGCGCUCAGUCAGCCUCUUCCUUCCGUGGGAGGGCGAGGUCCGGUUGCACGCCACCAAUGUGACGUUCAAAGAGCAAAGUUUGCAGCUUCCACAUCACAUCCAUGACCUGCAUCUGGAGCAGAUCUCCCAGUACGUGUUAGUGACACAACCGCAAGGCUUCACGCUGGCCUGGGAGGGACACAGUGGCUCGGUAUACAUCAAACUUAGUCCAGAGUUUGUGGGCAGAACCUGUGGCCUCUGUGGCAACUUCAACGCAGAUACUCAGGAUGACCUCAGGACCAGCUACGGUAUACUGAGUCAUGAGCUAGAAUUGUUUGGAAACAGCUGGAUGGAGAUGCCGCUGCUCCAGCCUCGGUGUCCCAUGGUGCCUUCAGGUUUCUCCUCACCUUGUGCAGAUGUUGAUGUGCACGUUCUACUGAAAGUGGAGGAAGCGUGUUUAAUGCUGCUGGAUCCGCCAUUCCAAGGCUGCCAUGACUUUGUCAACCCUUUGUCCUACAUGGCCAGCUGUUUUAACAUCCUCUGCAUGUCGGGCCCUACUAGGGAGGCAGUGUGCCAGGUGUUCACUGAGUACUCCAGGGCCUGUGCCCAUGCUGACCAGUCACUGAAUGACUGGAGGGACCACAUUCCUCAGUGUGCAAAGCAGUGUCCGGCAGGUCUACAGUACCUGGAAUGCAUCAGCUGCUGCCCGGCAUCAUGCAACAAAGAGAGGACGUGCAUUGACAGCAGGCUGGCCUGCCUGGAUGGAUGUUAUUGUCCAGAUGGUUUGAUUUAUUCAGAGGGGAGCUGUGUAACACCCUCAGACUGUCCCUGUGAAAACCAUGGCAUCUUCUACCAAUCUGGACAAACGAUACAGGAGGAAUGCAACAACUGCACAUGCUUGGCUGGAGUAUGGAACUGCACCGACUACAGCUGCCCGGGCGAGUGCUCCGUCACUGGCGACAUGUAUUUCCAGUCAUUUGAUGGGCGUGUCUACACCUUCCCGGCAACGUGUCAGUACGUCCUGGCUAAGAGUCGCAAGUCAGGGAAGUUCACGGUCACCAUCCAAAACGCCCCCUGUGGAGCUAAUCUGGACGGGGCGUGCAUCCAGUCCAUCAACUUGGUAAUUGAUGAAGAUCCAAAAACGGAGAUUACACUAAGCCACAUUGGUGAGGUCUUCAUGGCCGGGCGGUACCGCAUCUCCCUGCCCUACUCUGACGACAUCUUCCAAAUUCAGGAGCUGACAUCCAUGUUCCUCCAAGUGAAGACGACGUUUGGCCUGCGUCUGCAGUACAGCUGGAAGGAGUUUCGUCUCUAUCUGCAGGCCAAUGCAUUGUGGAAGGACAACACAGUGGGACUGUGUGGAACCUUCAAUGGCAACAUUCAAGAUGACUUCUUGUCGCCUGCUGGUAUGAUAGAAAGCACACCUCUACUGUUCGGAAAUGCAUGGAGGGUCUCGUCAGCAUGUACAUUCAGCCUGACCACCCCUCUGCUGGAACCCUGUGACACACACCAACAGGCAGUGGCCUAUGCAUCUGAGAUGUGUGCUAUACUGAACCAGGAUCUGUUCUCUCCCUGUCACGAGUACAUCAGUCCAGUGCCUUUCCACCAGCAGUGUCGCUCAGAUACUUGCAAAUGUGGAACAGCUUGCUUUUGCUCUGCCGUCGCCCACUACGCUCGCCACUGCCGUAGAUUCUCCGUCAUCAUUGACUUCCGAUCGCACAUACGUGACUGCGCGGUCACCUGUCCCUCCACCAUGCAGUAUGGCGUCUGUGUGUCAUCCUGUCAACGCCGCUGCUCCGCCCUCUCUUCUUCGCAGCACUGUGAGGAGGAGUGUGAGGAGGGUUGCGUCUGCCCGAUGGAACUGUUCUACAACGAACAAACACACACCUGUGUGCACAGGAGUGAGUGUCCCUGCGCGUUUCUCGGGGCUGAUUAUGAACCGGGAGAUGUGAUCAUGACAUCUGCAGGUGUUCAGUUGUGUGUGGAUGGUACAUUUUUGUUACAAACAACAGACGGUGACAGCUUAUGUCCAGACGGUCAGUUAUACCACAACUGCUCAGAGGGUCAGAGCGGCCGGCUUCCAGGAAGAGGUGUGGCCUGUGAGCGCACCUGUGAAUCUCACCUGCUCAACCUCACCUGCUCUGCACAUGAGCCAUGUGUGAGUGGAUGUAUCUGCCCUUCUGGCUUGCUGAAACAUGGAGACGAGUGCUUUGAGCCUCAAGCCUGCCCCUGUCUGUGGAAAGGAAAAGAGUAUUUCCCUGGCGACAAAGUGUCUUCCCCCUGCCAUCAGUGCGUUUGCCAGCACGGGACGUUCCAGUGUGUGUUUCGGCCGUGUCCGUCCAUGUGUACGACGUAUGGAGAUCGGCAUUACAGGACCUUUGACGGCUUGCUCUUUGACUACGUUGGUGCUUGCCAAGUCUAUCUUGUAAAGAGCAGCGCUGAUGUGAUUCUCAGUGUGACGGCUGAGAACAUCGACUGUUUUGACAACGGCGUCAUUUGCAGGAAAUCACUGUUGAUUAACAUUGGGAGAUCAUUCGUAGCUUUUGAUGACGACACUGGGCAGCCUAACCCAUCCAGUGUCAUUGCAAGGAAUCAGAGGAUGCUCAUAUGGCCUGCUGGUUUAUUCACUGCAAUUCAGUUCCCAGAGGAGGACGUUACCAUCCUGUGGGACAGUAAAACCACCAUUCACGUCCAGGUUGGACCUCGUUGGCAGGGAAAGUUGGGCGGACUGUGUGGAAACUUUGACUUGAAGACCGUGAACGAGAUGCGCACUCCUGACAACAUUGACUCCACAACUCCUCAAGAGUUUGGAAACAGCUGGACAACAACAGAGUGUGUGAAUAGCCCAGAUAUGAGACAGCCGUGCACCAUCAGCCCGCUCAGAGAGCCCUUUGCCAAGCAGCAGUGUGCCAUCCUGCUCAGUGAGGUCUUCCAGGCCUGCCAUCCGGUGGUGGAUGUUACCUGGUUCUACAUGAACUGCCUGGCAGACACAUGUGGCUGCAGUCGGGGCGGCGACUGUGAAUGUUUCUGCACCAGUGUGGCAGUGUACGCCCAACGGUGCUGCCACCAGGGUGUUCCCGUCGACUGGCGCUCCCCCUCUCUGUGCUCAUAUGACUGUGAAUUCUACAACAAAGUUCUUGGUAAAGGCCCCUUCAGGCUGAUCCCCUUCAGGGAUCGUGCAAUGGUGUUGGUUGCCACCAGGCCCGGCAGCUCAGUGUUAAUUAAACGAGGAAACAUCAGCGAUGUCACUGGCACCUUCUCCCACUUCAUGAUGACACCAGGUCUCAGCAGAGCCCGACCACAUGACAUGUCACGGAUCUCCUUUGAGGCAGCCAGCAGACCUAAUCACUUCCUGUAUGUGAGCCGCAGUGGCCAGGUGAAGCUGGCCAAGUGGGAGGAGAGCAAGGAAUUCUGGGAUCGAGCCACCUUCGUGCUCCACAGGGACACCUGGAUCUCGGGCUAUGACUCCCUGGAGUCCCAAGCAAAGCCAGGAUUCUUCUUGCAUGCUACCAUCCCUCGCCUACACCUGUUAAAAUAUCGUCACAGCGACAGCUUCCGCAGGGCCACUCUCUUCAGACUUACAGGCUCUGGCCCAGAUGCCCCACCAGGUCCUCGGUGCCAGUGGAGAUAUGACUCCUGCACAAGCCCCUGUUUCAAAACCUGCAGCGACCCAUCAGCAGAAGCAUGUGUCUCCAUCCCACAACUGGAGGGCUGCUUUCCUUUCUGCCCGCCACACAUGGUCCUUGAUGAAGUGACUCGCCGAUGUGUCUAUGUCAAAGACUGUAUUAAAGCCCCAGUCAUAAAGCCCAUAUUCCCAACUAGUACCCAGCCAACCUCUGCAACUCUCUCCUCAACAACCACUAAAGUUGACUCCUCUGUUCCAUUCAAGACUGCCACUGUCCCCUCGGUCUCCUUGAUGACAGGUCUUACCACCAAAACCACCACCACUCCCGAUGAGUCAACCCAAUUUCGCAUCCCCUCACCAACUCCAGUUCCUGAACCGUCCAGUACAGCAGUCCCCCCUGCUGUAAGGCCAGAAGUGGUUGAACCUCUUUCAACCCUAAAAGUUGAAGCCGAUUCCACUGCUGAGAGUGCUACUAUUAGCCCUUUUAGAUCCAGCACCUUCAGCUCAAGCAUUGCUCCCUUGGCAAUCACUUCUCUUUUAUGGCUAACCUCCUCCACCCAGUCCACUGACUCCCUCCGACCACUCUUCACCACCAAAACCAUGCCCAUGCAAGCAUCUCCUAGUACAGCACCAAGCACAAGCUUUACUGAGGGGCCAACCACCACUUCACUGCUUGCCACUGAGGAAUCCACAGAGCGUACACAUUCAGUAGUGGUUUUCCCAUUUGGAACCACUUCUCAAACACCUCCAGCUUUAAUUUCAGAGACUUCACCAGUGACAGAACGGACCAUUGUGCCCAAAUCUACUACCACUGCACAAAUGGAAGCCAGUAGCACAAAGCCUUUAACAGUUGAGGGAAUUGCUUCAACUUCAACUUCCACAACUGCACCCAUCACUCCUGCUUUACUAAGCACAAGGUCUUCAACCACUUCCUCACUUUUGACUGUACCUGUCAAAACAACAGUGCCAAUGUCAACAGUCUCUUCAGCAAAGACCACAGACUCAGUCACUCCAGUUGAACCUGGUAAAACCAUCACAACACAGUUUAUUGGUCCAGAGACCACAGCGCCUCUCAUUUCUGUGCUUACUACAGAGAAGAUACUUUUCACUACCCCAGCUGCUCCUGAGAUACCACAAUUAACUCCAGCCCUCGUCUCUCUGACCACAACUGUGCCAAGUCCUACCUCAGGUGCUUCAGACACGCAGGAAGCAAAAAAACCAACAACCAUACUUGAAUCUACUGUAUCCAAAAUACCUGCUGCCAUCACAACAGUAGCUUCUCAGCCACCCCUUAAGCUUACAGACACAAUUUCUAUGUCCACUGCAACUUCAAGACCUCCAGAGGUAGCUGCAGCCACAACUGUGGCUACCAGAACUGCAACUGCACCAUUAGUGUCCCCCAUGAAAACCACUGUUGCUCCACUAUCACCAAUCUCUACCACACAGAGCUCACAACCAUGGCAUCCGCCCCAUUGGGACACGUCUUCAACUCAGUUGUACAGCCCCACAGCAAAGUCUACACCAGCACUCGCCUCUCAAUCUGUUCCACAUGUGGUCAGUGUAACUAAAACAACUGAAGUACCUCGUCUUCCGGUAUCAAGGCCGGUCAUCACCUCUGCUAUACAAGCUACUGUCACAACCACAACUGCUAAAACUACAUCUCUCAGCAUCCCUACGAUAGAAUUUCAUACCAAGACGCAAGUUACACCAGAGCGUUCCCCUGGACCUGGUGUUCCUGAUACUUCUUUUACCACUGUUCCUGCCAGAGUCCCACCCGCUGCUAUUGCAACCACACUCAGACCUGUCACAGUAAAACCAGUCACAGAAAUGCAUCUGUUUACAAGCAGAAUGGAAUCGACAACAAGAGCCACAACCAGACCAAUCUCCUCUUUAUCACCACCUGGUACAACUACUUCGCCUGCGACACCAAGAACAACUUCCCCUGACAAAAUCACCACACGGCUUGUGUCAACUGUAAGAUCUACAUCUGCUGCAACACCCAGAACAAUCACACAGGCAGCCUCCAUCAGGACAACACAGAGUGUUGCAGUCACAAGAGUUACACCCAAAAUCAGAUCAACUGAGAAGCCAGUCACUACUAGGGUUACCGUGGAAACAAGACCCCCGCUAGUCACCACCAAAUCUACCACGCUCAUCUCACCAGCUUCCAUGCCUCAUCCAAGCCUAACAAUUCGAGUCCCAGAAGUUCCAUCUGUAACCAUCUCCACAUCAGCCGAGCCAUUGACUCCAGUGACCACAACAACACCUGCUGGCACAACCACAGUGCUCAGCUUGACCACUUCAGUGGCCUCACCACAAAUGCCUGAUUCCACUCUUACAACUGUGACUUUGUCUUCACUAGCACCCAGAAAGUCAACCACACCAGUAUCUGUCCUAACAACCACAGAGCCAGCAAGUACUUCCCAACCCGUGACUUCCGUUCCUGCUAUAACUCCCAUCCCUGCAACCACAACGGUCUUAACGACUGCGCUGGAUAAGAGAAACCGCACUAGUCCGGGUGUAAUGACACCUCUUGUGCAAGUGGACACAACAAGAAUGUGCACACCUCCAUAUGCAGAGAUUGUUGAUGAGUGCACCAGGUACAUCUGUGUCAACAACCAGCUCGUCUUGUUCAACAAAUCCCAAAGCUGUCCCUUCUCCUCUGAGCCACCAAACUGUGGCCUGCUUGGCUUUGCUUUACUCGUCAAUGGAGACAAAUGUUGUCCUCAGUGGGACUGUCCAUGUCGCUGCUCUGUGUUUCCAGACUUGAAUGUGAUCACAUUUGAUGGGAACAGUGUUGGCAUCUAUAAAGCGGCGUCAUUCAUAGUGACCCAGCAGCCCAAUGAGACUGUCAGUGCUCUGGUUCAGGGGUGUUCUGCCGAGUCACCACUCCUGGGGAAUUUUACCAACCUUUGUCUGGUUGCACUCAACAUCACCCACAAUUCCAACCACAUCGUCAUCAACAGGCUCCAGAGAAGGCUCUAUGUCAACUCACGGUACGCCAGGCCUCGAUUUAAAAAGUUCGGCUUUGAGAUCUACGACACGGGCAACAUGUACCUGGUUCGAAGCCCAGCUGGUCUUAAGCUGCAAUGGUAUCACAGCACUGGAAUGAUGGUGAUUGACACCGACAGCCCUAGCAACAAGCCACCCACCAUGGGCCUGUGUGGUUUCUGUGAUGGAGACCCAAGCAAUGACUUAAUUUUGGCCAAUGGCACCACUCUUAAACGGGGUGAGGACCCAUCUCUCUUCAUUGACAGCUGGCAGCUUCCCAACACCACCAGCUACGUCAGUCACAGUCGGCGUCGCGAGUUCAACUGCUCCACCAGUGACUGCUCUCGGUGCUUGGUCAUGCUGCAGAACCCUGCCUUCUUCCAGUGCCACACCUUUGUCUCUCCAAGCACAUUCUGCGAGGUUUGGGUCCAAGAUGUAGAGUAUGUAAACAACCAGUGUGUGGCGCUGGCUGCCUAUGUAGCCUCUUGCCACAAGUUCAACAUCUGCAUUGAGUGGAGGAGACCCGAUUACUGUCCCUUCAUGUGCCCUGACACUCUGCGUUAUAAGGCCUGUCUGCCAGCCUGCACUUCUCAGUCCUGCCCCCACCCGGACUUUGACUCAGACCCAGACCAUUGCUCAGGGCUGACCGAGGGUUGUGUGUGCCCCCAAGGAACGCUACUCCAUCGACCGUACUCUGCCCUCUGCAUACCUCCCAGCAAGUGUGCCUGCACUGACAGUUCUGGGGUUCCACGUGCACACGGUGAGGUGUGGAAGGCCUCAAAGGACGUUUGCUGUAUGUACCGCUGCGAUAAGGACACAAUCCACCCUGUGGACUACAACUGUUCCACGGUGGAGGCGCCUGUGUGCCGGCGGGCAGGGGAGGUGGUCGUUAGUCUGGCAGAAGACACGAGCUGCUGCCCCCGUAAAGUCUGCGUGUGUAAUCAGACGCUGUGUGACCUUGUCCCUCCCGAGUGUGAAUCUGGGGAGAGGCUGGUGUCAUACUACAGACAAGACUCCUGCUGCCCAGAUUAUGUGUGUGAGUGUGACCCCGCACGUUGUGAGUCUGAGCUUCCCACCUGCAGAAGUGACCAGACAUUAAUUGCCACCAAAACUGAUGAUAGCUGUUGCCUGGAUCACAUCUGCAUGUGUUCUUCCUGUGUGGAUCCUCCACCUCUCUGUCGGGACGGGGAGGUGCUAACGGUAGAUGGAAACAUCACGGACCGCUGCUGCCCCACCUACCGAUGUGUGUGUGAGCCCUCCAGGUGUCCCCAGCUCACCUGUCCAGUCGGGAUGUCGGCGGUGUCAGUUCCCCGUGCAGAUGACUGCUGUCCCAACCAAACAUGCGAGUGCUCCUGUGACAAGAUCACCCCUCCUAAAUGUGGCUUGGGAGAGGCUCUUCAGCUGGACGGCGUAUUCCUGUCUGACCCACAGAACCCGUGUACCUGCAAAAGAUACAAGUGUAUGCGAGAAGCAGUCUGCGUGUACGGGGAGCGAAGAGUGCUGCGGCCCGGUCAGACUCUGGUAGAACAUGGCGAGGACGGCUUGUGUUACAGCAGACAGUGCAGCCGAGUGCUGGACAUGUCGAGUGGUUUGCACUUACUACGCACCAGCAGCACCAACUGCUCAGCCCACUGCCAACAAAAUCAGAUCUACGUCCCUGCAAAAGAGGCGUCAACAUGUUGUGGAGUUUGUAAGAAUAUUUCCUGCCUCUAUGCUCAUGAGAACGGAUCUACUCUCCUCUACAAGCCUGGGAAGUUUUGGAUGUACAACUGCAUGAAGUUUGAAUGCAUAGACACUCUGUCUGGACCAACACUCAUCUCCUACCCCUUCAGCUGCCCUCCGGUCAAUGAAACAGAGUGUAUGAAGAUCGGAGGAAGUGUUGUAAGUUACAUGGACGGAUGUUGCAAGACAUGCAAAGAAGACGGGAAGCCCUGUCAGAAGGUGACCGUCAGGAUGACUAUCAGGAAGAAUGACUGUCGCAGUAACCGGCCGGUGAACAUUGUGUCAUGUGACGGGAAGUGUCCAUCGGCCAGCAUCUACAACUACAACAUCAACACGUACGCUCGCUUCUGCAAGUGCUGUCGAGAGAUGGGCCUGCAGCGGCGCUCGGUGCAGCUCUACUGCAGCGGCAACUCCACCUGGGUCAUCUACGCCAUUCAAGAGCCCACCGACUGCUCCUGCCAGUGGUCGUAGUGGUCCUGGAGCUCUGGCUGCAAACAACCCCUCCCCUACACACACAUACACAUAAAUAUUCAGGUCUACUUGGUGGAAUAAGGCAGAUGUACUGUUUGUACAAUACUGUAUAUUGCAGUGCGUGUCAUUGCUUCUCUAGCAGGGAAGUAACGACUGCAGUUGUGCCUCGCUGGCAGCUGCAAACACACACGGCACUGUGACAUUUGACCUCUGACCUCUCGGGGCUAGGUAAGCGACAGAUUUACUUUGCAGGGAUAGAAAUAGUCACAAGGAGUAGAAAAAAGGGAUGCCUUGAGUGACAAUUCAGAGACUCCCCACGAACAAAGUCCAUUAUGAGCAUCAAUCCUGAAAGCAAGAAUAAAACACACAGGGGGGCCUCGGGUUGUCAAUGACUUCCGCCCCCUUUAGUAUUCAUUAGCAGUCAAAAAUCGUUAUCUUCGUCGAGCAGUUGGGACCAAAAGAGCGGCCAAUGUGAUGUGAUGAUGAGCGGUGAUGGCUUUCCUUGUCUUUGGCGCACUGACGCUUGGAAGACAUAACAAAGUGUAAAAAGUGAACUGAAUUCUAAAAAAAUAGAAUUUAACAAGAAAACUUCAAAAAUAAAUAAAUAAAGUCAAAAUGUUAAGAGAAAAAAAGUGUAGUUUUACAAGAAUAACAUCUUCAUAUUGGGAAGAAAAAUUAUGUCAUUGUAGAAAUAUUAAAAGACAUUAUUUUUAGUGGUAGUAUUAUGAAAAAUAACCAAAACAACGAAUUUUUGGAAAAUUAGGUUGCGGAAAAAGUUACAAUGUUCCGAGAAUAAAGUCAAAAUAUUUUGGGAAUAAAGUCAUAAUUACGAGAAGAAAAUUUACAUGAAGAAAGAUGACAUAGUGGGAAAAAAAAAAAAAAAACCAGCAACAGAAAUGGGAAAAAAAGCUCUCAUUUCAUGACAAUAAAGUCAAAAUGUGAAGAUAAAAAAGUCGUAUUCUAACGAGAAAAAAAGUGGUGACUUUACGAAAAUAAACUCUUAAUUAUUACAGGGACAAAUAAUGUUAUAUUUCAGAAAAAAAAUGUAAUUGCAAAUUGGAAAAUUAGGUUGGGGAUGAAGUUUUAAUACGGCCAUAAAGUCAUAAUAAUACGAAAAGAUACAGUAAUUGACUUUAGAAGAUGAAGUUAGAAUAUUUGGGGAAAAAAAGCAACAGCAAAAAUGAGGAAAAAAGGGCAAAGACCAAAGUUGAUAGGAAUAAUACCCUUUUUCCACUUAAAUCACAAAGCGGAGAUGCAGUUUUUUCUUGUAUUGUACAUAACUUCUUAGCAUAUCGAGUUGCAUCCUUUCAUUUUUCACUAUGUGGCCCUGGCAGGACAAAAGUUAGGACACCCCUGUAAUAAGCGACGUGUGCCCAUGCAGGCUGUAUUCUUGUGUUGCACGUGGCGCGUAUUCUUCCGCUGGUGCGCGCUGUAACCCGAUCGAGUCUCGUGUUUAAGGACCACAGUUACGCUUUUUAUGAAUUUAUGGGACCGCGUUUGUAACCACGGAAGGUCGUAAACCGAGGAUCACCUGUAGUUAAAUAAAAUAAAAACACUGUACACUACACACUUUUUUAAAAUUAUGUUUUACUUUACCACAAUAGUUUUUAAAAGCUUAGUGUUUUACUUUUAAUACAUUUUUUUCCCUUUUACUCUGUUUUGCCUCAAAAAUUCAACUAUUUGCAGUCCCAAUGUGAUUGUUUUUACUUUUAAUUUAUGUUUAGAGUGCCCCUCUUCUGUAUGGCUUAAAAUCAAAAUAAAUAAAUGUAGUGUAGUUUGAGGAUUGUCAGAAAGAUCUGUGGGUACAGUCGUCCCUCGCCACAUCGCGCUUCGAAUUUUGCGGCUUCACUCACGUUUUUUUUUUUUUAAAGUAUGAAUCAAUAAAUCAAGCUGUCUUUGUGGAUGAAUAUGACCUAUUAUUUAUCAAAAAAUGCAUAUUUAAAUGAUUUCUGUUGCCUAAAUGAAGCAUUUUCCAGCAUGAAAAUUGCUAAAAUGAACUAAACUACAAAUAUCAGGCAUUCAGAAAACCCAUUCAAAUUGUGAUAUGCAGUAUUCUACACUGGUCACCAGGUGUCAGUAGGUGCAACAUAAAAAAAUGGUGAAACAUUAUCUCACAACAGGCGCAAUAAUAAUAACUAGGGCUGUCAAAUUUAACACCUCAUUAACGCAUUAAAGCAAGUUUACUUUAUCAGCACAAUUUUUUUGAUGCGCAAUUAACGUGCGCGCGUCCCCUUUGUCCCUCGGCCAACGCCGUCGUUGCCAGCUGUAGCUACAAGUUGGAGCAAAUAUUGAGCAGAAAGAAGGGGGUAUUUUGAUUGGUAAAUUUAGCUUCAAAGCCCUGGCAGAUGACUCUGGCAGCAAGACCAAAGUUAUUUGUAUCUACUAUCGCUGUGAUUGGAACUAUCACGGACUACGUCAUCGUCAACUUGCCAGAGAGAAGCGAGAAGUUACUGAACCACUGACGGAAUUUUUAAUUGACAUUUAUACAGUGGUACCUUGGCAUACAAUUGUCCCAACUAAGGAGUGUUUUUUUUUAGAAGCGAGCCAUCUCUGGGCUGAUUUUUUGCUUGGAACUGCGAGCUACAAUUGGGUAUGAGCUGCACGUUAACAGCAGGCAUAGCCGAGGACAGCUAUGUGGGCGCUUCUUCAAUUCAGCGCUAGCCAGAUAAGACGCCUGCUAGCGGUAGAUUUAGCCAUAGACAUAGACGCCGCAUUGAGUGGGUUUGUCCACUGCUGCGAUACGCCGCCAUAUUGGAUGGGUCAACUUUAUACAUUCACACACGCCCUAAUAUACAGUACUUGGGAAACAGUUAGGCACCAUAAAUAAUCACAAUCACAAGUUAGGCACCAUAAAUAAUCACAAUCACAUUGUACAAAAGCAACAAUCACUUUUUCUGUGCUUCCCAAGUAUAUUAGUGUGUGUUUGAAUGUAUAAAUGAGAGGAAUUAACUUAAAUUUCUUUGUAAAAAGGUGCUUUAUGAAAGUAAGUACACUGACUUGUAUUCAUUUACAUGGCAGCCUUGACCCAUCCAAUAUGGCUGCCGGAUAUAUAUAAACAUUUAGUCUAUGUCUGUGGAUUUAGCUAGAAUUAGCAGUGCACUAGCUAGUCAUCAUCACAUCAGUAAAACAUACGUACAUUAUAGCAAUCUAAUUUAUCUUACUUAUUGUAUAUUGUGUAAAACUAUGACAGGAACAACAUCAAAUUAAAAGCAUGAAAUGAAUACAGAAUACAGAAUACAGGGCUGGACUUCUUUUCCAAAGAGGUUGUGUACCGCAAAUUGCACGUGAGCACUCAAUAAGGUCAUCAAAUCUUACCUUUAUGCAUUCCCACAUAGUUUCACCUUUUGGGAGUGAAUAUGAAGUGAAGGAAAAAGGGUGAAAAUACAGUGUAGUAGUCCAUCUGUGUGAAUUUCUCUUGGAGAUGAAUAGUAUCUAUUUGUGCAGCAUUCAAGAAGGUGUGUUCAAGGACGGUCAAACAAAAUGGGACAAAUCUCGGCUGGCAUUAAGCAUUUAAGCACCGGGGUAUUUCUAAUUUUGAAUCCAAAAUUUUGAUUUUUGAAUCCACCAUCCACCAGUAGGAGCCUGGACUGCUUCUCAGAGAGGUUGUGUACCGAACAAAUAUGCACACUAGCACUCAAUAAGGUCAUCAAAUCUUACCUUCAUGCAUUCCCACAUAGUAUCAGAACCAAAUGGAACCAAAUGUGAGGCGAAAGAAAAAGGGUAAAAGUACAGUAUACUAGUAGUAAUAGUACUGUAGUAGUGCUGUGCAGCGUGGGACAAAGUUAGAAGGUGCGUUCAAGGACUGUUGCCGCUCGCAGGAAACAUACAAAAACUGUGUGAUUUCUAAUUGUAUAUUAUUUUUGGAAUAAAAUAAAACAUCACAUUUGUAGUUAUUGCAGUUGCGUAUCGAAUCGUUUACCACAAAGAGAUUUACGUCCCUACUUGUAGAUACAAGCCUUUUUCAUCUGCGAUUAAUUAUGAGUUAACUAUGGACAAAAAUGUGAUUAAGCGUGAUUAAAUAUUUAAAUCGAUUGACAGCCCUAAUAAAAACAUCAUAAUCAUAACACGGUCUACUGUUGAGGCCAUAAUCCCGCUAAAACUCUCCUCUGAACCCCUGUCACUUCCUGUCCACGUGUGUGGAAAACAUUUAUUGCAACACGAGCACAAGUUUUAUUUAUGUCUUAAACGGCUUAUUUUCCAUGUUUAUGUCUACUAUAUUCGGUAAUACAAGUGUAAAGGUGACUAUAGGGGUGUUAUUUCAUGUCAAGAGGGCUCUAAUAAUGUUAAAAAACAUAUUUUAGAAGGUCAUAAACAGGUUUUCAUUUCAUUACAUUUAUAAAUAAGGACUCCUACUUUGUGGAAAUUCACUUAUCACGGUCAGGUCUGGAACCAGAACCAGACCACAUUUGGGUCCGGGACCAAUUAACCGCGAUGCACGAGGGAUUACUGUAUUCAGAAAAGUCAUCCUUGCGGUUCAAUCAUUUAACUCCAUAUUCAAGUCGUAGAAACGUUCUAAGUAGAUAAUUAGUUAAUACUAUACUGUAUAUUUGGACAGGGGACAUAUUUUACACUAUACUGUGUCUAUACUAUAUAAAAUGAACAAUAGUGAGUUCACUGAUUUGAAUCCAGCUGUAUGUGGAGCACUUUAUUUAUUUAUUGGAGACGGAUAAAGCAUAAAUGUGUGAAUGGCCUAGUCACCACCUUUGGUUUCAUUUACUUUCUUAUAUUUGCUUUUUAAAAGUCUAUUAAAGAAGUUUGGCAUUGGUGUAAUUACUGCACGUUUUGAAGCAACUUGUCAUGAAUAAGUGAGCUGGAAAGUGUUGUAUGAUACAAAUGUACAUUCACAUCUCUUAUAAAUACUUCCCUGUUUAUUGUGUGUACACUAA